GUCGGUGACUCGGCUCGGUGGGUGGUGGGGCCCAGCAAGGCGUGGCUGAAUUUUUUGGGUGGGGCGCCCUUCUCGGACAAGGCUGCCGAAAACUUCGCUCCGGACCACGAGGAACGGCACAGCACCGAGAACGGACAGCAGCGGCCAUUACCUGUGGUUGUCAGUUGCCCCAGACACAAUGCCUCACCUGGAGCUAGACCGACCGUCGACGAAGCGCCAGAAGCUCGAUGCGGUCGUCAAGACGCCCUCACCGGCCAAGCGAGGCUCGGCCAUCUUUGCCGCGUUCCGAACCAUUGGCUUAGUGUCGCCGACCGGCGUUCCCUUUGCUUCGAUCCCACUCGGCAAGACCACCUUCCAGAUCACCACCUCGGUCGGCCGCGCCCUGCAGACGUACGACCUCAAGCGUGGCCUCAACCUCGUCUUUGUGACCCGGCCCCAGACGCCCGCUGAUAUCACCGCCACCUAUGCCUGGAAGGAGAGGGUCUUUGCUGCCUGGGGCGACCCGCGCAAUGGCGAGCCGCAGGGGCUGUGGGCGUUCCAGCGCGGCAAGAAAGCGGCCGAGCUGCAGCUGCCCGCCGACUUGGAUCAGCCUAUCAAGCAGAUCUUGGUAUUCGGGUCCUGGAUCGUUGCAUGCGCCCUGACAAGGAUCGAGGUGUGGAAGUCGACGAGCUUGGAGCACUACACGACCAUCUUCACGACGGCCGCCAAGAAGGGCGACAAUGAGAUCACCGGGGGCGUCUGCAACAUGCCUACAUUCCUCAACAAGAUCUUUGUCGGGCGUAGAGACGGCUGGGUCGAGAUUUGGAACAUCAGUACAGGCAAGCUGAUUUACACCAUCUUGCCGCCGAGUCCGGACUGCGGCGCCGUCACCUGCCUCCAGCCCACAACGGCCCUGUCCCUGCUGGCCAUCGCCUACUCAGAAGGGCCCUUAGUCAUCCAGAACGUGCUCACCGACAGGCCGAUCCUCUGCUUGAACGCCGGGACCGAGGACGACCCCGUCACGUGCAUCUCGUUCCGGAGCGACGGCCAAGGAGCGGGCCAGGAUGGCAGGAAGGAUGGUGUUAUGGCCACGGCGACGAGGGUCAGCGGAGAUAUCACAUUCUGGGACCUCAACAAGAGCGGGAGGAUCAUGGGUGUUCUGCGGGGGGCGCACAAUCCCCCGUCUCACAACAGAGAGGUCCGUGGCGGCGUCAGCAAGGUGGAAUUCCUGCCGGGGCAGCCCGUGAUCGUCUCGAGCGGGCUCGACAACUCGCUCAAGUCGUGGAUCUUCGACGAGUCGCCCUUCUCGCCCGUGCCGCGCAUCCUGCACAUGCGCAGCGGCCAUGCAGCACCAGUGCGCUGCCUGCAAUUCUUGCCUUCGGACUUCGACGGCGCCGAGGGCGGCAACAAGUGGCUGCUUAGCGGCGGCCGCGACAGGAGCCUGUGGGGGUGGAGUUUGCGCCGCGACGGCCAGAGCACUGAGCUCAGCCAGGGCGCCAUCCGUAAGAAAGCCAGGAAGAUGGGUAUCCUGGCGGGCGGCUCCUUAUCACACGGCCCGACCACCGCGUUGGAGGAUCUGAAAGCGCCAGAGAUCACCUGCAUUGCGUCUUCCCUAAACCGCGAUGGCGGUAUGGGCGCGAUGCCGGGGAAGCAGGCGAUCUGGGACAAGGGGAACGACAAGAGUAAGCCGACCAGCGCCGAGCUGAGCGGCAUGACCGGCUGGGAAAGCGUUGUCACGGCACACAAGGACGAUCCCUGGGCACGCACCUGGUUCUGGGGCAGGAAGCGGGCGGGUCGGUGGGCGUUCAAGACAGGCGACGGGGAAAACGUGUCGACCGUGGCCAUCAGUCCCUGCGGCAGUUUUGCGCUUGUCGGCUCCGUUGCGGGCAGCAUUGACGUGUUCAACCUUCAAUCCGGGCGCCACCGCCAACGAUUCCCCUCGCGGCUGACGCCAGCACAGCUCAGACAGGUGAAGAUGCAGCAGCUUAGGGCGUUGGACGAGGUCAACAAGCUGCAGACGCGGUCCAGGACUACGUUCGCACCAGGCACGGGACGGCACACAAAGGCGGUGACGGGCAUCGUAGUCGACUCGCUCAACAGGACCGUCAUCUCGUGCUCACUCGACGGCACGAUCAAGUUCUGGGACUUUGUUACCGGCAACCUGGUCGACCAGAUCGACUGGGCGCCCAUGACUCAGAUCACGGCCUGCCGCUACCACCCGGCCAACGACCUCAUCGCGUUCGCCUGCGAUGACCACUCCAUCCGGGUAGUUGACAUCGAGACCAAACAGACCAUCCGUGAGUUCUGGGGCUGCCGUGGCGACAUCACCGAUUUCUGUUUCUCCAACGACGGCAGGUGGAUCGUUGCCGCUUCGCAAGACUCCGUCAUCCGCGUGUGGGAUCUGCCGACGAGCCACCUGAUCGAUGCCUUCCGGCUGGAGAAGCCAUGCACGGCGCUCGCCUUCUCGGCCACAGGCGAGUACCUCGCUGGUGCCGUCGAGGGCGAUUUGGGCGUCCAAAUAUGGACGAACCGCACCCUGUUCAAGCACGUCCCGACAAGACAAAUCUCCGACAAGGAGAUAGGACAGAUCUCGGCGCCCACAGCAUCAGGCGAGGGCGGCCAGGGUCUGAUCGAAGACGCCUUUGAAGCAGACACCGAGGAGCAGGCAGAAGACGACGGCGUGACAGCGCCGGUGAUCGACCAGCUCAGCGCCGACAUGAUGACGCUCAGCCUGGUGCCCAAGAGCCGCUGGCAGACGCUAUUGCACAUCGAUCUGAUCAAGGCGCGGAACAAGCCCAAGGAACCGCCCAAGGCACCAGAGAAGGCGCCCUUCUUCCUCCCGUUUGUUGGAGGGCCAAAUCCGCUGGUCCCUAUCGAGUCAGCGUCCAAGGACAAGAAGGAAACCGAGAUGGGCGGCGCUUCGAGGAUAACACAGCUCGACCGAACACGGGACCAGCAGGCCCUCACAUCCAGGUUACUCUCGUGCGGCGCAUCCGGAGACUACACCGAUUUCCUGGAGUAUUUCAAGUCCCUCCCGCCCGCGGCCGCCGACCUGGAGAUGCGCUCCCUCUCCAUGGGCGACGGCGACGACGCCUCCAACGAGCUGCUUCACUUCAUCCGCGCUCUGACCAGCAGGCUCGUCCAGAAACGCGAUUACGAGCUGAUCCAGGCGUGGAUGGUGGUCUUCUUACGGCUGCACUUUGACCUGGUCAUGGCGAACGAGUCGCUGCUUGAGGCGCUCGGCGAGUGGAAGGAGCAUCAGGCAAGGGAGAGGGAUCGGUUGGAUGAUUUGGUUGGGUAUUGUGGCGGUGUUGUUGGCUUCUUGAGGAGUCCGAGGACAUGAGGAAAGCGUAGGCCACUUUAAUGAGAUGAAGGCGCGGAAGACGCCUAAGCACAAAGUAUAUUGCGCCGCGAGUUAUGCAGGUAUCUACUAUGCAACGAAAAGCACAUAGC